AGCAUGAGGAGGGAGAACCAGAGCAGCGUGUCCAGCUUCCUCCUCCUGGGGCUCCCCAUCCCGCAGGAGCAGCAGGGCGUGUUCUUCGCCCUGUUCCUGGGCAUGUACCUGACCACGGUGCUGGGCAACCUGCUCAUCGUCCUGCUCAUCAGGCUGGACUCUCGCCUCCACACGCCCAUGUACUUCUUCCUCAGCCACCUGGCCUUCUCUGAUGUCUCUUUUUCGUCUGUCAUCAUCCCAAAGAUGCUUGUAAACAUGCAUACUCAGGAUCAAUCCAUCCCCUAUGCAGGGUGUGUAACACAGAUGUAUUUUUUCAUAUUUUUUACUGACCUGGACAAUUUCCUUCUCACCUCAAUGGCGUAUGAUCGGUAUGUGGCCAUUUGUCAACCCCUCCACUACAUGACCAUCAUGAAGGAGGGACUAUGCUCCUUACUAGUGGCUGGAUCCUGGAUCCUCUCCUGUGCCAGUGCCCUGUCCCAUACCCUUCUCCUGGCCCAGUUGUCCUUUUGUGCUGACAACGCCAUCCCCCAUUUCUUCUGUGACCUUGGUGCCGUUCUCAAGCUCUCCUGCUCAGACACCACCCUCAACGAGCUAGUCAUUUUCACAGCAGGGGUGGCUGUCAUUACUCUCCCACUAAUGUGCAUCCUGAUCUCUUAUGGCCGCAUUGGGGCCGCUAUCCUGAAGGUUCCAUCUACCAAGGGCAUAUGCAAAGCCUUUUCUACAUGUGGCUCCCACCUCUCUGUUGUAUCUCUGUAUUAUGGAACAAUUAUUUGGCUCUAUUUUUUCCCCUCAUCCAGUACCUCCAAUGACGAGAACAUAAUUGCCUCUGUGAUGUACACCGUGGUCACGCCAUUGUUGAACCCUUUCAUUUACAGCCUAAGGAACAGAGACAUGAAGGGGGCCCUGGAGAAACUCUUCAACAGAGCGACAGUCUUGAAUCAAUGA